GCUGUUAUUCAAACCCUCACUCGGCAGCCACUGUUAGAGGAUCUACAGCUUUAAUCUGAAGCAAAAACCACUGUGGCUUUUAUUUUCUUGAAUUAUUGGUGGACUAAUUCCUUCACAAGGGAUGUGGAGGAGACUGGCUCAGAUCCUGGGCCUGCUGCUCUGCCUACUGGGCUGGGGCUUUGUGGGCUGCACCCUCGCUAUGGACUACUGGAGGGUGGCCCACCUGGGGGGUCAAGGGGGCUCCUCCGUAGUGGAGACAGCUCGGUACUGGUCCGACCUGUGGAGGGACUGCCAUGAAGACUCCACUCUGGUGGUGAACUGUGUGGGCUUCUGGGUGCUGUGGACAGUCAAAACAUACAUCCAGGCAGUCAGGGGGCUCCUGAUGAUUGGCCUCUGCCUCGGCCUCAUUGGCACAGUGCUCACAUUUUUCGGAAUGGAGUGCACACGCAUCGGUGGAGACCGGAGCAGCAAGGACAGGAUGUUAAUAACAGCGUCUGCUUUCCAUCUGGUCGGCUGCGCGUCGGACGUGGCCGGUUAUUGUUUAUACAUAAACAGAGUGGUUGAAGCUUUUUUACAGAGCAAAGCAGAUCCAUCAAAACUGAGCUAUGAGAUUGGAGCCCCCCUAUACAUUGGCCUGGUGGGGAGUUUCCUCAUUCUACUCGGCUGCACAGUCCAAUGUGCAACUGCAUGCAGAGUUAACCACCCAAAAAGCAGACAUCCCAUGGUUCCCUUUGCCGGGGAAAAAGAACACAUCUAUGGACCAUCAAAAAAGUCACAUGACCCCACUAACGCCUCCCCCUACAAGAUGGCUUCUGUUGUGUUUGUGUAACGCUACAGAUUCAUUUUAAGUGCCCAGUUCACCCAGCAAUUAAUCAAUAAAUGAUAAUAAAUAUAUAUACAUAUAUCAUAAUCUAAUAAUAAUCCUAUUCAAAACCCUACCAUCACAUUUAAAGAUAAUUUCGUCUGUAAAUAAUACCAGGACAGGCUUUACCAGAGAUCACAGGGGGUGCGCCAGUAUUUGUCUGCUCUGAGGGUUGCUCAUAUAUCACUAAAAUCAUAAUGACACACUUACUUGAUUAUUUAUACAAAAGUCUGUAUAUAAAACUAUUUAAAAAGAUAUAUAUUUUGCUACUUUGUAGCCAAAUCUAAUGAAAUAUUCUACUUCUAUCUAUAUUUGUUGGCGUUUAGCCUUUCAAAAACACUCA